CGAAGUCCGGGAAUCGGAGGGCUUCCGAAGACGCCCGAAUUUCCGCCUAAAAACCAAGGCGUAGCAUUCGGGCUCAAAAAGAAGCUACGAUGCCACUCGAGCUGUUGUCGCGGAGUGGCAGUGCCACAUGGCAGGCCACCAUUGAGCGCGAAAGAUCAGCUCGUUUGCAGCUGCGAAAUGCCUGCAGACCGUUGCCUACCUUAAGCCACCUAGAUGAACCCCCUCCACGUGAGCCGUCCCUUUCAUGUGCGAGGCCUCAAACAGAAGGCUCACGCGUCCGCUUGCCUCUAUCAGCAAGCAUGGCUUGCAUGGGCUUGACUCAUGGAGAGGUGACGAUGUGGGCGGGGAAAAGCUUGCAGCAGAAUCCACAGAUGGCAGCGCACGUGUUCUCUCCCAAAUGGGACAUGUUACCUCGAGGUGCAACCACCACGCUAACUUCUUUUGCCAACUUGAGGAGAAGUGAGCCGGCCGAGCUUGUAAAGACUUCUCCGAAGGUCAAAAGGCAAUUCUCGCUGCCAAACCAUAUGGUCUCUUACCCUGAGACAGGGCAAUGGUUACUCUGAGGCGUUAAGCGCCAACAGAGAGCGGAGACAAGAGAUGCGUUCAGCGCAGAAA